UGUACCUGUACCUGUACCUGUACCUGUACUUCGGUCACAGAGAUGAAAUACACGUGCACUAGCAACUUUAUCUUUACCUCAGGUAAUGCUCUGCCUGGAGACGUUGUAGUGUUUCUGUCCCACAGUGGUAAUACGAAGGAAUGUUUAGAGGUCGCGAGGCACCUCAAGAAAAGAGACGUUCCUGUCUUAGCCAUCGUUGGAAAAAAUGGUAACCUAAACCAAACUAACUUUAUUUACACUGGAUAACUCUAUCAGUUCUAAACUGUUGUCUCGAAAGAUCCAGUAACGGCCACCCUUUAUUGAUCUGGUCUUGCUGAUGCCGGAGGAAACCUAAACUAAACUAACUUUAUACUGGAUAGCUCUAUCAGUUCUGAACUGUUCUCCCUAGAGGUCCAGUAAGAGUCAUCUGUUAUUGAUUCAGUGUUACUACAGGAGGAAACCUAAACUGAACUAACUUUAUUUAUACUGGAUAGCUCUAUCAGUUCUAAACUGUUCUUCCUAGAGGUCCAGUAAGGAUCAUCUCUUAUUGAUCCAGUGUUACUACAGGAGGAAACCUAAACUAAACUAACUUUAUUUAUACUGGAUAACUCUAUCAGUUCUAAACUGUUCUUCCCAGAAGUCUGGUAAUGGCAGAUGGAAACAAGUUACUUAAUGUAUGCUUCUCAUUCUAGAUUGUUUUCUCAGAGAUUGUAGCGAUGCCCUACUGUCCUAUGACACUGGAGACGAUAUCAAAGAAACUCUUUCUGUGGUUCCAUCAAGAAGUGUUGUACUGCAAGUGAGCAUUUAUGGAUAGGCAUGAGGAUAGCCUUAUCAUUUCUAAGUAAUUGUUCCCUCCGGAAGUCCAGUUAGGAUUAUAUUCUUGUCGAUUCCAAGUCACUUUUCACGUUUCCAAGUUCGGAAACUGGGCGCGAAUUCGUAACAAAGUUCGCGAGUUCAUUUGAAUCAUUCAAUGUUUGCACUUUGUUUGUAAAACAAAUGUUAUAUAAUAAUAACCAAUUCAAUGAAAUACAAACAUUCUUGGUAGACCACUGGAGUAAUUUCAACGUGAACUAUGAACAUAUGUUUACAACAGAAGUUCAAACAUUGAAAUGAACUUACGAACUUUUUUGCGAAGGUCACGUCUAAUUUCCAAACUUGGAAACAUAAUUGGCAAGUUUGCAACGAACUUGGGACCCGCUCGUUGAAAAAUGACUUGAAAUUGACAAUGAAAGUCUAUUGUUACUGUAGGAGGAAAUACGAAUACCAGAAGAAAUCCAGUCGUGUUUAGUACAGUCGAAAUGGAAGCACUCCUCCACUUAAAAAUAAUCAGACAAUUGCAUAUUGCAGGAAUCAGCUCUGUCACAGAAAUGAAGAGCAGACAACCGCUGCACCCCAAGAAGUAAAACUGAUUUUAUUAUUUUUCUUAGGAAAUAUUGAUUAAUGGGGUGGUGAGCGAACUGAUAAGGCGUCGCAAGUUUAAUUUAAUAAAUUUUGCAAAAUCUCAUCCGGGUGGAUCGCUUGGAGAACAAUUAUCCGAAUAGAUGAACGCUUGUAGAUAGCUCGCAAUAUUGUAUUGCCAAAUUAAUUCAAAAUUAAUUAUUGAAAUAAUGAAGAAAUAGUUAUUUAUAAUCACUUUAUUAUUACCUAAUGCUGCUUGGGUUUAACUAGUGAGAAAAUGUUAAUUCAUCUCAUUAAAAAAUUGGUGGCAAUUGGCAAAUAAAAUUGAGAGAUGCAGAUUAAAUUUCUUGCUGAAACAAACUGUCAAUGACUUUCAUUUCCAUAGCCUGCUCACAGGACACACGUUAAAACGCACAAGUUGUAACAAAUCUACAGCAGACUAAUUGUAGCAAUGCUGUUCCAACAACUUGUCAACAGGAUGUGUUCGCACUGCUUGUUCCCAGCUUGUUGAAAAGUUGUCAGCGACUUGUUGACAACAUACUGCAAGGUUGUUGAGCUCAACAUACUUGUUACAAGUUGUUCUAACAACUUGCUAUCGUCCUGCAAUUCAACAAUUUGUCAACAGGUUGUGAGUGACAACCUUGUAGCAACUUGAUAAAAUGAUAGCAUUGUUACAACUUGUUGACAAGCUUGCUACAAGCCUGUUGCGAACAUCUUCACGC